AUGGCGCUGGGUGGAGAAGAAGAAGGAGGUGAAACAUUAGAGGGGGAUAAUGAGUUGGACAAGUCCAAUGUGGUGGAAGAAAUUCAGAGAGUUAUUGAAUCAGUAGCUCAGUUUGGAGAAUACCGGAAGACUCACAGGAAAGAAUGUCAUAAUCUUGCGAGGCGGAUGAAAAUUUUGUUGCCACUCAUAGAAGAAAUACGGGAUCUGGGCCCUCACAUUCCAGAGAAGGGCAUAACAUGGUUAAAACAUUUGAAGGAUGCUCUCGUUUUUGCGAAGAAAUUGCUGAAAAUGUGUAGCGAGGGGAGCAAGAUUCACCUGGUACUGGAGAGCGAAGCAGUUAUGUCCAAUUUUCGAUCAACAUAUGAAAAAUUAAGUCGAGUAUUUGAUGAUUUUCCUGGAACAGAAUUAGAAAUAUCAGAUGAACUAAAAGAACAGCUUGAGCUAAUGUGCGUGCAACUCAGGCGGGCAAAGAGGCGAACGGAUACGCAAGACAUAGAACUCGCAAUGGACAUGAUUGUGGUUUUUUCCAAAGACGACCACCGAAAUGCUGACAGCGCUAUCAUCGAGAGGCUUGGGCAAAAGCUCGAGCUUCACACCGUUGAGGAACUUAAUAUAGAAACUCUUGCUGUAAGGAACCUUGUCCGAGAAAGAAAAGGCAAAAAUGCAGACAGCACCCAGCAAAUCAUUGACCUUCUUAAGAAAUUCAAACAAGUUGCCGGCAUGGAAGACCCCAACAUUCCUGAUGAGCCUGUCAUGCCCAGAGUGCUUGACAAGUGCACAUCUUUGGUCAUCCCUCAUGAAUUUCUCUGCCCAAUCACCCUAGAAAUUAUGACAGAUCCUGUCAUCAUCGCCAGCGGCCAGACAUAUGAAAGGGAAAGCAUAGAGAAGUGGUUCGAGUCUAAUCGUGAUACUUGCCCCAAGACUCGAGAACCUUUGGCCCACCUGUCAUUGGCACCAAAUUAUGCUCUGAAAAAUUUGAUUUCCGUUUGGUGUGAGGAAAACAACUUUAAACUCCCAAAGAAAGAACCUUGUUCGAGCGAAGAAAGUUGCGUAGCGGAUCCGAAAGGGGAAAUAGCAGCUCUGGUUGGGGACCUAUCAUCUGUCCACUUAGAAGUGCAGAGAAAAGCAGUGAAAAAGAUACGUAUGAUAUCAAAGGAGAAUUCUGAGAACAGGGUUUUGGUGGCAGAGAAUGGAGGAAUACCGCCGUUGGUGCAACUCUUGUCCUAUCCAGAUUCAAAAAUACAGGAGGAUGCGGUGACGGCGCUUUUAAAUCUAUCAAUUGACGAGGGCAACAAGAUACUGAUUUGCAGAGAAGGGGCAAUUCCAGCUAUUAUAGAAGUAUUGCGUAGUGGAAGUAUUGAGGCCAAAGAAAAUUCUGCAGCAGCUCUAUUUAGCUUGUCAAUGCUGGAUGAGAAUAAAGAAAUUGUGGGCCUAUCAAAUGGCAUUCCCCCUCUGGUAGAAUUAUUGAGGAAUGGGACAAUUAGAGGGAAAAAGGAUGCUAUUACAGCUCUGUUUGGGUUAUCUCUGAACCACUCAAACAAGGGAAGGGCCAUUGAGGCAGGCAUUCUGGCUCCUUUACAGCAAUUGCUCAAGGAUACAAACUUGGGAAUGAUUGAUGAGGCCCUCUCCAUCCUCUUACUUCUGGCAUCCAACCCAGAGGGACGACAAGAGCUGGGACAGCUCCCCUUCAUCCAAACUCUGGUUGAGUUCAUCAGACAAGGAACUCCCAGGAAUAAGGAGUGCGCAUUGUCUGUUCUUCUUGAGUUGGGUUCCAAUAAUUCUAACCUUAUUCUUGCAGCCCUUCAGUUUGGUGUAUAUGAGCACUUGAUUGAGAUCAAAGAAAGUGGAACAGCUCGAGCCAAGAGAAAAGUAGAUGCGCUCUUACACCUCAUGAGCAAGAGCGAGCAUAUUUGAUUUUUCUUUUAGGUAUGCUCCUGUAUUCGUCAUGAUAAAUAUCAUUCACUUACUGUAAUAUAACAAGCAGAGUUGAAGAGUGUAGUCGAAUUCCUUCUUGGUUAUCUUCGUUGAACAGUACAUUAUGUCGUUUAUAU